GCCGUACAAAUAUCUAAUCUAGCAGCAGCUAUAGCCUCUACCAGAUCUUUCUGUCUUUCAUUCACAUCACUCAUCGCUAUAUCAUAUAUCAUGGGAAAUUGAAUCUCACCGUUGACGCUUUACUUUUUAGGGUUUCUCUCUCUCUCUCUCUCUCAAGGCUCAACAUUCUUCUUCGUACGGCUACCAACACUGACACACAUCACAAAUCUCAUCAUUCUCUCUGCUCUCCUCCUAGAUGGCUGGGAGAGACGAGAAUCGCAUAUUCGUAGGAGGGUUAGCGUGGGAGACCACUGAGAAACAGCUUGAAGAUGCUUUUACUCGCUACGGCAAAAUUCUUGAAUCUUUGGUCAUGGUAGACAGGGAUACUGGUCGUCCUCGUGGAUUUGGAUUCAUUACCUUUGCUGAUCGUCGAGCUAUGGAUGAAGCUAUUAGGGAUAUGGACGGCCGGGAGUUAGAUGGUCAGGUCAUCUCUGUUAACAAGGCUAAACCAAAAUUGGGUGGCCAAGGUCCAGGUUAUGACUAUGAUAGGGACCAUGUGUCUGGUGGUAGGGACAGUUACAGGGGUGGAGACAGAUCUGCAGGGCGUACUGAUUGCUUCAAGUGUGGCCGUCCAGGACAUUUUGCCCGUGAAUGUCCUUCAGAUGAUGGUGGUAGAGGUGGUCGGGUCUCGUCACAUUCAAGCUUUGGUGGAGCUGGAGGCCAUGGAGAUCGCUUUGGGGCAGACCGGUUUGAUGACCGUUAUGAUGGGGGGCGCUAUGGAGACAGGGACCGUAUCGAUAGCAGAGAUGACAGGUACGGGAACCGUGAUCGAUAUAGCCAUGAAAGAUACCCACCUGGUGGUGAUCGCUUUGCAGGUGAGAGGUAUAUGGAUCGGGCACCUCAAAAUGGGUAUGGCAAAGACAAAGGUUACGACAGGGAUGGAGGCCUAAGAGGUGUUGGUGACAGGUAUGGAAGUGGACGUCCAGGCCGUUUUGACAGGGGAAGCUAUAGGGACAGGCUUGGUCCUUAUGAUCGCCCUAGAGGGAGUGGUCGUCCAGCUUACGAUCGUUACUGAGACAGGUUCUGUUUUUAAUUACCAGUGAUUUUCUGUUUACACCAGCUACUCAGGUUUUCUGAUUCGAAUGCAUUUGAUGGGGGCAGUUUGUAGUUGUGAGAUUGAUGGAUGCUACCUUAAAUAGUUCUCUUGCUUGCUUCUUGCUUUUAAGUAAUUUCAGGAUAUGAGAUUUUAAUGAAUGUAUGGAAGUCAUCAUCUAUGGCUAUUAUCAGGUUCGGCUCUUCUCAUGUCUUCUACGCUUCAUUAGUCUCCAUUUCAAGGCCCUUAACUAAUUUGAAGUGAAAAUUGAUCUAUCUCCACUUCCUACAAACUAGAGAUGGAAUAUGAAUUCCAUACUCUCAGUUACACAAUGAGUUGGAGACCAAUUGAAAGGUCAGGAUCCAUGACUGAAUUGAAUUAAGAUUCAAAGGAAUGGAAGGAAUUAUAGAGGUACAGUAGUGAGCUAAUUUACAAUUUGGCAGAUGAAAUUUGAAAGAGACUAUUGCUUUUGAGUGGCAGCAUCAACAGGACAGUAGUGGCAGUAACAGUGUUUUCCAACUUCAUUUCUGCGGUGAUACCACUUCAAUUGAUGUCAUCUAACUGCCAGUUUCUUUUGCUUCCUUUCUGAAUUUCUUGUAGAUAUCACCUUUGUAAAAUUUUCUCGUCCGAAGCACCAAAGCAAAUGAGACAAGACACCCUAACAAUGUUGCUACAAUGAUUAUUAUAAAAGCCAAUCUAUAACACUUCA